AUGGCUUCGAGUCAAACAAGUCACUUUUUACCACCUGGUAAAUCAGAUACAGAUUCAUCUCAAAAAUUUAUUUCAAAAUGGGAUAUCUACUUCGUAAAAUCGUAUACUGUUUUGCAUACAGAAGAAUCAAUAUUUGAAAAACGUGAAUCAAUAGCUUUGGGCUUUGAUUUACUAUUUUGGAAUAUUAGGAAAAUAAAUAAGCUUGUGUAA